UCUCUUUUUCAAUCGGGGGGAACCUAUGACGACUUGGUGGAUAGUUAGCGAUGACUCAAAUAAUGAAGCUUCGGAGAAGAGAAGAGAAGAGAAAAGCAAAAAUGAAAGCAUAAUCGGCGUACCCCGCCACAGAGCUUCUUCAUCCUCGUUGCGCCUUUCAACAAAUUUCGCGAAGCGUUCGCCUAACAUAUACCAAUAUUUCUGUUUCCGGACUGGCUCAAUCUCUGCGCCACGGGGCUGCGAGAUUUGAAUAUGGUCCAGUCCUUGCAAUCUUCGCAAGGAAACAAGACUUCCUCUCCAUGUCCCUUGCACAAUCUUGCAGCUCCAAAGCCCCAGGUUGGUAAGAUGGACCGAAUGCUCUCCUAUCAUCCUCAUCUCGUUCUCGGUGACCUAGUGAGAACUCUUUAUGGUCAAGUCCUGUGUCCGUUAAGAAUUCAAGAGACAUGUCUUUCAGCAGAGGACCACUAAAUAGGGUUGAAGUGAAUUUCUGGAGCGGUAUAUACAGCGGCGGCUUCUCCCUGGAGUAAAUCAAAUUAGUGAUCUCCAAACUGACUGAUUGAGCUGAAGACACAAAUUCCCGAAUCGAAAAGGCCUGUGAUUCUAAAAUAUCCGUAGAUCUCAACCGAACGAUGUUGAGGGAGAAUGAUCGGGGUCGUAUGGAAGUGUACGACAGCAAGGACAGUGUGUUCCAGAUGGUUCCGCCAGGUAUGUCCUCUUUUAUCCCAAUCGACCGAGGUUCUGUAUAGUGCUCUGAAAUAUCGUUCAUAAAAUCUUCAAAGCUGUGGAUACCCUCCCUGGGAUAACGGCGCCGCGACACCUCCAUACGGCCUGUGAGACGAAGAGAAUCGAGUCGAGGUAAUCUUCCCACCAACUCGACGAUUCUUGCGUUCAUUCGCCGCAAUUCGUCUGGAUGGCCCUCUAACCUAUCCUGUUUCUUGUACCGAGCUGCGUACUUCACUCACGAGUUCAAAGCUAUCUCUUCGACUGGAGACAAUUCUACUUUGUUGGCACGUAGUCUAUCCACGGUAGCAGCCGCCGAGGGUAUGGCAUCCGCCCUUUCCGCUGUAUUAGCCUCAGGAUCUGCAUUUGGAUCGACCAAAGACAUGAUUUUUUCAUCCAGUGAUUCGAUGGUGUUCUUCUUUAGAUCUUCUUCCAUAUCAAAAAAAUCCUGAAAUUCGGAUUUUCCUCCAGCACUCUCAGGCUCCCUUUCUCUUUCCCUUUGCCUCAAAUCCUCGGUCUGAUUUGAUGACUGAACCUGUGCAAGGAUUAAAUAAAACAUCAAUGAUUCUUGGUAAGGAACCUCGGGGUACGAGAGGCAGAUGGUCAGGUUCUUGACGUGGCGACAAAACGCCGGGUGCGCUACAACGUUUGCCAAACGAUCAAUGGAGUCGUGGUGGAAGUCGACAACGAUGCUCGGUAUAAGGUAGCGUAUGCUCGCAUCAUUAAGAUGCUUGCAAACUAAACGAAUGCUUUUGAUAUCUUCUGUGGAAUCCUUUAAGUGGUCGAAGCAUGCUAAUAGUAGCUCCGUAGGAAACCCCUGUAUGAUGUGUAUCAUAGUGAUGAUUCAAAGCGAAAGCCAAGCGAAUCAAUCAGCAUACAUAGAGCAAGUGCCGCUGUCGCUGUUUUAAUAGGUAGGUGUAAUGCCUUAAUCGCCUCGACGAUUCCCAUGGGAUUUCUAACUGUGUCUAGUCAUGUGCGAAGCCCUCUUGAGCGUAGCCGAGAUCUAUUUAUAGUAAUAGGAGGGGUCGACCGACGAGCAAGAGCACUCUACCUAGUCAACUCAUGACAAAGCAUAUCCAGUCAACGCCUGGUGAAUAAACAGCAACAACAAUGUCGAGAGCUCAAAAUGCAGAAUUCACGGUCAACUUCCCACCCGAUCGGCCAAAGAUCACCCAGCCUUCUGUGAUUUUAUAUGGUGCCAUCGAAAGCUCGCCCACGGAGAACUGGGCGACCUCCCUGACAAAAUCGCUUUCUCAUCUCGCUGUCACAGUGAUCAAUCCACGCUGCGAUGCUUGGGAUUCUACCUGGGACGAAGACAUCAACUGCGCUCCCUUCAAGAAGCAAGUCGACUGGGAAAUUGAUCACGCCGAUGUCGCAGAUCUGAUUGUGUUCUAUUUCAAGCCGGGUACACCUUGCCCUAUAACUUUGUUGGAAUUGGGCAUGCAUGCCGCCAGGUUCCCGCAGAAGUGCAUCGUUUGCUGCCCGAAAGGCUUUUACAAACGUGGGAACGUGGAGAUUGUGAGCAGGAGAUUGGAGGUGCUGAGUUUUGUCGAAGAUCUGGAAGGACUGGAGAUGGUAGUUCAGGAUAAACUGGGUCAGCUGUUGGCUUAA